AUGACCUUCGAACACCAGCCUACCGCCGCAGCUGAAAACGAAAGCGAAACCGACGAAGGAAAUUCGGUCACUGACUCCAAUAACAUAGAAAAUGAUGAAAGCAACGAAGAAAGUUCCAAUAACAUAGAAAAUGAUGAAAGCAACGAAGAAAGUUCCAAUAAUGUAGAAAAUGAUGAACUUUCUGUUGAAAACAGCUCUUUUUUUGAAGGAACUACUUUCUUCGAUAUAGAAGGAGCCACAGUCUUUGAAGUAGAAGGUACUGCUGGUGGAAAUGAAGCACCUAUUGAAAAUGAAUUUUUGCUUGGCUGCGAAUUUCCGGGCAGAAAAGAUCCUAUUCUCAAGCAAUAUUUAGGUGAAAUAGUUUCAUCGUUAGAACUCUUUCCAUAA